UGAAGAAAAACGAAUUGCCUUACCCUAAUAACCAACCCAACCCCUUUGGUGUAUCGUAAUUGCACAAAGUAAGGAUUCAACAAUCAUGCUUCUGGGUGAAACGUCACUCCACGACACAUACUACGAGAUCCUCUCCGUCAAAGAAGACGCGAGCUAUGACCAAAUCCGCAACAGCUAUCGAUCCGCCAUCCUCCACUCGCACCCAGAUAAGCUAAAAACCUCUCGUUGUUGUAGCUCAGACGAGAAGUUUCUCAAGAUCCAAAAGGCGUGGCAAGUCCUAAGCGAUGCAGAGCUGCGCGUGGUUUACGACAACGACCUUCGGUCUUCGAGACAGGACGGAGGAACCACUGCUGAUGAGAUUAGUAUAGAGGAUAUGUCGGUGGAGAUCACUGGAGAAGACAUGGAGAUUUUCUAUCAGUGUAGGUGUGGUGAUUACUUCUCUGUUGAUCCAUCUGAGCUUGAAACGAUGGGUUUUGAGUUGUUGAGAGACGGUGAUUGUGUUCAAGUUAGGAGAUUGGGUGCUUCUGUGGCGUCUGUUGUUCUUCCUUGUGGGUCUUGUUCUCUGAAAACCAGAGUUUGGGUUGAUUCUGACAUGAAGAUUCCUUUCCAAGAUGAUUCAGAAUUGAGGAAUCUAUCUUAAAGGGAAAAAGUUAACUGCAAUAUGCGUAUGACCAAGGAACACAAUGUUGGUAUAAGAGAAGCCUAGGG